AAUCAAAAGCUGACGUCAGAAGCUGGGAGCGAAUACGCGAGUGUGCGUUGCCUGUCUGGAAUAAGCGAGACCAGUACAUUUAAACAGGCUCGUUGGGCCUGUUAGUAGCUGUUCUGCUACUGUAAAGAAUGUGCUCAGCCAUGGCCCCAGCGGUGUGGGCGGUGCUCCGGGGGUUAACCCGGCAGGGAGUCGCCGUGCUGAAAACAAACGCACCUGCUAGCAGCCGAGUGGUUUUACCGAAGCAGAGGCCUUCCGUAACAAGCUGCUACAGACUGAUAUCCAGUGAGGUGAGACACCUGCAGACUGCAGCCAGGAUGCCUGAGAUCACCACGGAUCACCUGGAUGAGAAGCAGGUCCAGCUGCUCUCUGAGAUGUGCAUCCUGAUCGACGAAAACGACCGGCGGAUCGGAGCGGACACCAAGAAAAACUGCCACCUUAACUCUAACAUCGAUAAAGGUUUGCUGCACAGAGCUUUCAGCGUCUUCAUCUUCAACGGUGAGGAGAAGCUUCUCCUGCAGCAGAGAUCUGACGCCAAAAUCACUUUCCCAGGCUGCUUCACAAACACAUGCUGCAGCCACCCUCUGCACACAGACAGCGAGCUGGAGGAGAAGGAUGCGUUAGGCGUGAGGAAAGCUGCCCAGAGAAGACUGCAGGCUGAACUGGGUAUCCCCAUGGAGCAGGUGCCACCAGAGGAUAUGACAUAUUUAACACGGAUCCACUACAAAGCCCAGUCCGAUGGGGUGUGGGGAGAACAUGAGAUCGAUUAUAUACUCUUCAUGCAGAAGGACGUGGAGCUGAAUCCAGAUCCCAACGAGAUAAAAAGCCACUGCUACGUGAGUAAAGAGGAGCUGAAAGCGAUGCUGGAAAAGUCCAAGCGCAAGGAGCUGGAGGUGACUCCUUGGUUCGCCCUCAUCGCCGACACCUUCCUCUUCAAUUGGUGGGACAACCUGCACAACCUGAAACAGUUCAUGGAUCACAGCAGCAUCCACCGCAUGUAGCCUACCUCCACGUCCUGGAUGCAUUUAGCUACAGGAGAUAUCUGGACUUUAAAGGCUCCUAGUGUCGAGGAUUUCAGUCCGUCUAGAGAGCAUAGAAGUAGUUUCUGCACACUGACCCAGGAGCUGCACUCGGAGUUCAAAACCUCUGACGUUCAUUAGGUGGAGGAAGGCAUCAGAAAUGGACUAUUUUGUAUAAAAGAAGUUCAAGUGCCUGAUAACAGGUCAAUGGUGCAGAUAAAUCUGUCCUGGGCUACAAAGUUAACAGUAAUAUCAGUCAACAAGAUGUCUUUGUACAUUUAAUUUAAUAAAAUGAAUGAACACCUA